AUUGGGACUUUACAAGAUAAAGAUAAGUAUCAUAUUGACAUUUAUUUAAUGAAUUGGUGAUAAACUAAAUUUAAACUAAAACAUAGAAAAACAAAUUGUUCAGUUAAACUCAACCAGUGAUUUAUUUGUACAUUGUAAAUUUGUACAAUUAUAUUUAUAUGUUCAUUCUUUCAUUUUUUCUUACAUUGUUUAUAUUUGGUAAUUGUUGGGGUACCCCCACCCCCAACAUAUCUUUAUAUGCCUUUAAAUUAAAAAGAGGUCAUAUAAAUGUAAUAAUUUAAAUAUAUAAAUGGAAUUCUUAGAAAAAAAAAGAUAUAUAAAUUGUGAGUAUAAAACCCUUUUGGUUAAAUAACUUAAAAUUUACUUCACUAGGUGGAUGGGUGAAUAUUACCAUUUUAAAUGUGAAAAUAAUUAUACGAUUAUGUGUAAUAACUUAUUUAUCUCUAAUUUUGGCAGAUCUGCUUCUCCUUCAGUGAAGCUCCUCCCAUAACAAUCACACCAUAAGUGAAGCUCCUCCCACAACAAGCACAUGUUCAGUGAAGCUCCUCCCACUAUAGUUCAUCAAUAAAUGCUGGAAUAUUCCCAUCAGUCUAAAAGGGAAGACGAGUAUCAAAGCAUCAGGAAGAAGUGAAAUCUGCAGAGACAGAGUUUAUUGAAGAACAGAGAGAACAUGAGAGAUCUAGAACCCUGCAGAAUGAACCACACUGAAGAACAAACAGAUCUUACGGAGAAACUACAUCAUGUCAAAACUAGAGAGAAAACUUCAAGUAAAAGAAAAGUCAAGAAAAGUUUCACCUGUACUCAGUGUGGAAAGAGUUUCACAUACAAUCAGAGUUUAAAGAUUCACAUGAGGAUCCACACUGGAGAGAAACCUUACACAUGUGAUCAGUGCGGGAAGAGUUUUGCAGAAAAAGGAGUCCUUAAGAUGCACAUGAGCAUCCACACUGGAGCGAAACCGUAUGAAUGUGAUCAAUGCGGAAAAACAUUUUCACGUGCUUCGUACCUGAAGCGGCACCUAAAAGUACAUACGCUGGGGAAACCACAUUCAUGUGCUUUGUGUGGAAAAAGUUUUUCACAUCUGCAGAAUUUAAGAGUUCAUCAGAAAAUACACACUGGUGUGAGAGAUCACAUGUGCUUUGAGUGCAAGAAGACUUUUAUUACAGCUUCAGAUUUGAAACAGCACCAGAGGAUCCACACUGGAGAGAAACCUUACAAGUGUUCACACUGUGACAAGAGAUUCAGUCAGUCAGCACCCCUUAAAUCACAUGAGAGGAUCCACACUGGAGAGAAACCUUACAAUUGUUCACACUGUGACAAGAGAUUCAGUCAGUCAGGAUCCCUGAAAUCACAUGAGAGGAUCCACACUGGAGAGAAACCUUACAAGUGUUCACACUGUGACAAGAUAUUCAGUCGGUUAGGAUCUCUGGAAACACAUGAGAGGAUCCACACUGGAGAGAAACCUUACAAGUGUUCACACUGUGACAAGAGAUUCAGUCGGUUAGGAUCUCUGGAAACACAUGAGAGGAUUCACACUGGAGAGAAACCUUACAAGUGUUCACACUGCGACAAGAGAUUCAGUCAGUCAGGAUCCCUGAAAUCACAUGAGAGGAUCCACACUGGAGAGAAACCUUACAAGUGUUCACACUGUGACAAGAUAUUCAGUCGGUUAGGAUCUCUGGAAACACAUGAGAGGAUUCACACUGGAGAGAAACCUUACAAGUGUUCACACUGCGACAAGAGAUUCAGUCAGUCAGGAUCCCUGAAAUCACAUGAGAGGAUUCACACUGGAGAGAAAGCGUAUCACUGCACUGUAUGUGGGAAGAUUUUCAGUCAAUCAUCUUCUCUAAAGAGACAUAAAACAAGCCAUCACUGUAAGUAGUUAUCUGCAGGUCCACUGCAUUCAAGUGCUACACCUCAUCUCCUCAUAAUAAUUUGUCAAGAAACAUCAUCUAAAUUAUUCACAGUGAAUAAAGAUCAUCUUCAAGACCAUCUGUGAGAUUCAGAUCAACUCAAAGAUAGAGCUUGUCCACUAAGUACAAUAUUGAAAGUUUUAUUCUUGUAUACAACUUUGAUCAUGAUAUAAAUUAUAUUAUUAUGCAUAUCAUUAUGUUUAAAAUGUUUUUCUAAUGCAUCUUUGUAGAAAGUUUUUACAGGUUCAAAAUGUUCUUAUUUACUAAGCUGAAAAGAGGCGGACUUUUUUUUUUUUAAUAGCAAGAUAUUCUUCCAUUUUACAAAAUGCAGAUGUAAGAAAUACUGUCUUGUAGGUUUGCAUCUCAUGCUUUUUCUUUUUUUUCUCUCUUGAGAUUUUUUGUUUUCUUGUUAGUCAUUAUUCUUGUUAGUCAUUAAAGUGAGAGAUGUCUAGUUCAUUUCCACUUUAUUUGCUUCAAUUAUUAAACUUUUACUGUCUGCUGAUUUUUCCUGCAGCAAGAAUGAAUAAUUUUAUGAUUAUGAUUGCUUUUGUGGUUUCCAUAAUUACAUUUCUCUAUAAAGCUUUUAAAUGCCCAAUAAACUAUAUUUCACUG